AAAUCAUCAUCAUCUAUGGUGCAUCCGGCAUUGAAGUUGAGUGCAUUGGAAGGGCUUCCGCCGCCGCUUCGGCACGCCGCGAAAACUGCUUGCAAAGCGAAUGCGACAGCUUCCGAGAUGCAAAGGCCACUCAAAGUGGGACUCGGUUGGAUCGGCUCGGAUAUGCCUCCGGGUCACCGCAUGGGACUCCUUCCCCUCUGCUAUGUGCUUCUGGACCCCGCGCUCAUCCCCACUGUCGACGCUCUGGAAACAAGGAUCGAAUCUGGGAGCCUUGAAGCAGACAAGAGGCUGCUGAUGAGUCAAGACGUGUUGUACGCUCGAAAUCAGGCCUGGAGGCUUCUUCCCACUCUGAUAGCAAGCGGUCGCACGUCCCCAGAACUUGAAAUCGAACUAUGGCCUCGGUUUUGGGCAUGGUUCCAAUUCUUCGAGAGCGUCUGGCCCUACUAUUCCACACUCCCGAGCCCAGAGCGCGAGACGGAGAGGACUGCUAUGAUCAUGCUGUUGCUCACAGGCACUCUUAUCACUGUUUCCUCUCCAACUCGUGAUGUUAUUCGAUCGACUCCAGGCUUCUAUGUCUCCUUCGCCCGAGCAUGGAAGCGUUUUUUUCCUCUUCGUGGCAAGGCCCGGGCGGAAUCAUUCGAGGAAGGGACUUUACAAGGGAUGAUCGAAAUAUUGGACACAGCAGAUAUUUCUGAUCAACAUGUUUUGCACGAGUUGCUCGAACUUGAAGGCGUCGGCGGGUCGUUUCAAGAGCUCACCGAGUGUGUUAUGGCACUUUUCGACGCUGCUUGCGGCAUUUAUCAAGUUGAAUACCGAAGACCAACGAACGUUGCGAAAUGGAAACGUCAAGAUGAUUACGCAGAAUAUUCAUAUUUGGCUACAACCUUGGAGGAAUUAUCUCGUCAACCUCCCCCAUCUCUGCUAUGA